AUGUCUACGUUGAAAGUUGUUUCAUCAAAGCUUGCAGCUGAGAUCGAUAAGGAGUUGAUGGGUCCUCAAAUUGGAUUCACUUUACAACAACUGAUGGAAUUAGCCGGAUUCAGUGUAGCACAGGCUGUAUGCCGUCAAUUUCCGUUGCGGGGAAAGACUGAAACGGAGAAGGGCAAACAUGUAUUUGUUAUUGCUGGGCCAGGUAAUAAUGGCGGGGAUGGUCUUGUAUGCGCAAGACACUUGAAGCUUUUUGGCUACAAUCCAAUUGUUUUUUACCCCAAGAGAAGUGAACGUACUGAAUUCUAUAAGCAACUGGUUCACCAAUUAAAUUUCUUCAAGGUUCCUGUAUUAUCUCAAGAUGAGGAAAACUGGCUGGAAUAUUUGAAGCCAGAAAAAACUUUAUGCAUUGUUGAUGCUAUAUUUGGCUUUAGUUUCAAGCCUCCAAUGAGAGAACCAUUCAAGGGUAUUGUCGAUGAACUGUGCAAAUUACAAGAUCGUAUCCCCAUCGUUUCGGUAGACGUUCCAACAGGUUGGGAUGUGGAUGAGGGUCCAAUCUCGCAUCCUUCAAUUAACCCUGCAGUUCUUGUUUCUCUCACUGUUCCUAAACCAUGUAGCACGUAUAUAGGAGAGAAACACACAACUCAUUACGUCGGAGGAAGAUUCAUUCCUCGCGAUUUUGCCAACAAAUACGGCUUUGAGCCAUUUGGCUAUGAGUACACUGACCAAAUAUUGAAACUGUAA